UUUUAAUUUUUGCUUUUUGUGCUUUUUGAGGAUAGUUAAUGUUUGCGAAUUCAUGUACAUAUAUGAGCGUUUGUUGCUAAGUGGCUCAUAGUUUUUUUCACCUGCCAUUAUGGUUAUCGAACUCGCGUCGUUUUUGGUGUGGGAUCGAUAGAAUCGGCGCUCGUUAAACUCGCCUGAAAUCGCGAGUUGGGUUCUGAUUUUGCGAGUUUGAAAAGAAACUUUUUUAGGACUCACCAGAUUAGGUUUUUUUGAGCUUUCGUUGAACCGAUUCAUUCACUGCUUUCGUUUUCACUGUUCAUCUCUUUUCUCGUGCUCUCGCCGUCAAUCUCAUCGUUCGAUCUCGCCUCUGUCGCGUCGUCGUUCAUCAGGUUCGCCCUCUAUCCUGUCGUCGAUCUCGCCCUCCGUCACGCUUUCCUUGUCGUCGUUCGAUCUUGCCUUCGUUCGCACCGUUCGUGUCGUCGUCGUCGAUCUCGCCGUUGCCGUCGAUCUUGCUGUCGCAGUCGAUCUCGCUGUCAUCGUCUCUGGCCGUCAAUCUCAACUGUAGAGCUCACAGGAAACGUGUCCGAUGUUUGGAAUUGAUGACAGCAGAGUAGAGAAAACCAGUGCUAAUGUUACCGUUUUAGCUGAAUGUCCGACACUUUCUGCCUUUGCUGGUUGUGCCACUAUAAAGGUUGAAGACUAUCAGACUCCUUCGAGUUCUGUUGACAAGGAUCGAGAAGCAUCUAUUCAGUUAGAUUCUCCUACUCCAAAGGUGAAAAAGGAGAUUCACGAAGUUGAUGAUCUAGAUCAUAUUGUAUUGAAAGAACGGCUAAGGAUGCUACUAACUGGGAAGCUUCCAGGAUUGUCAAAUACAGUUUUAGAGAGUAGUAAUGGAGGCUUGUUGGAAACCAUCAUGGAAGAGACUCUUAAAAACGGAGAUGACCAGAUUAAUUCUGCCAAUGGGAAAACAGCAGUGGUUAGAGACCAGUGUAAUAAUGACUUCCUAGAAGAAAUUAAUAUUUCGCCACCACUUGGAGCCACAUGUGUAUCAUCCUUCUUAACUGAUAAUGCCUCAUCUGAAUCAAAAGGAUCGGUAAUUUCAGCUGGCCUUAUAGAAGAUGGGCCUAUAUUAAAAUCCAGAGGAAUAGUCAUGCAAAUUGAUUCACAUGUGGAACAUAAUAUCAUAAACAAUGAUGGCCCAUUUAGUUCAACCUCUCCAACCUUUGUCAAAGUUAAGGAUGAACCUUGGGAUUACUGUGAAAACCUCAAUGUUAACAAGGAUUAUUUGGGUAGGAUUUCUAUCGUACUCCCAAAUUUAAAACAUGAAAGGGAAGUCCAUAAUGAAUAUCACGAUGAUCAAGUGGACCAUAUGAAGUUAAUUGAUCGACUAAAUUUUCUCAAGUCUGGAACAGAUUCUAGUUUACAUAUUUCUACAGGCUACUCAUCUUUGAAGAAAAUUCAGCCUUUUUCCUCUUUAUCGAGCCCUAUUUUUUCAAAAUCCACUAAACCUUCAAGCAUCAACUGUAGGCGCAAAAGAAAAAAAACAGCCACUGAUUCAGUUCAGGAAGCACUUGAGGAGGAUGCUCCCGGGCUCCUGCAGGUAUUGCUUGACAAAGGUGUGUUAGUUGAUGAAAUUAAGCUUUAUGGAGAGGAAGAAAAUGAUGAAACGUUGGAUGAAUCAUUUGGUGAAGAUAGCUUUUCAGAACUUGAGGCUGUGAUGGCCAAGAUUUAUUUAUUUUUUCCCUUCAAUGGGAGACAGAUUUCUUCUCAACGACACACUUUUUUAAAAUUCCCUUUAACAAGCGGCUCAAAGACUUCAAGAGCAAGUUAUUGCUUUGCUUGUCUAUUCUCACUUGUGGAGCAGACACGAUAUUUAAAAUUUCGAAAGUGGCCAGUUGAGUGGGGUUGGUGCCGAGAUUUGCAAUCGUUUAUUUUUGUUUUUGAGAGACAUAACAGGAUAGUACUGGAGCGUCCUGAAUAUGGUUAUGCAACAUACUUUUUUGAGCUGGUAGAAUCCUUACCUGUCCAAUGGCAGGUCAAGCGGUUGGUGAUUGCUAUGAAAUUGACUACAUGUAGCAGAAUUUCCAUUAUUGAGAAUAAAGAAUUGGUGGUUGGAGAAGAUUUGAGUGAAGGUGAGGCCAAGGUGCUAAUGGAAUUUGGUUGGACGCCCAGUACUGGCCUGGGAACUAUGCUUAACUACUGUGACAGAGUUGUGCAUGACAGGAAAAAUGAGGAAUUUUCUUCAGAAUGGCGAUCUAAAAUAGGGAAGUUACUGGUGGAUGGUUAUAAAGGUGGAACCAAAGUGAAGCCUAAUGUUCCGAUAAAAGAUUCUCAAAGCCCUGUCAUUGACUCAAGCUGCAGCAGGCCCAUGUCUGAUUAGAGGUUAGUUUGUGCUGGAAAGUCUUUUCCAUGUACCUUGUAUAGUAUUUAUUGAUAACCGUCUUACAGACAGCUAUUGUAGAAUAGUUCAACAUUUGUUAAAAUCCACAUUAUAUCAUUUACA